AUGACGGUGGUGGAGACACUGUCCAACAUCUCCAACAUCACCCAUAGCUGUUCAACGGGGCUGAGACCUGGUGACUGGGAAGACCACAGCGUCUGGUUCACAUCAUGGUCAUCCUCAUCAGACCAGUAUCUGGUAACAGCCCCUCUGUCGCUGCGCUUGGACGCGGUGGAGACAGUCCUGCUGCAGUUGUUUGGUUUUUCAGAGGAGGUGACAGCCUAUGUAUUCUUGAAGACCUCCAUGGCUCCAAAUCACGUGGUUCUGGCUCAAGAGGUUGUGACCCUGAACGCCCAGAACCAGCACCAGGCUGCUGCCAAAGUCCGGCUGUACCCAGGUCAGCUGGAUAGGAGUGUAAGUCACGUGAUCCUUCACGUCCAGUCAGCAGAGGUCAACCAGCACCUGUCUGUGGCUGUCAGCCGGACCAACGGCUUUCUGUUCAUCCAGACCGACAAGCCACUGUACACCCCGCAUCAGAGUGUCAAAGUGAGGGCAUUCUCCAUGAACCAGGAGCUGAGGCCAGCCAAUCGCAGUGUCUUCCUCACCUUCAAGGACCCCGAUCACAUAGCAGUGGACAGUGUGGAGAUGAUUGAUGUCAAUAAUGGAGUCCCUUCCAUGCAAAACCCCUUCAGGAUCCCCAUCAAACCAAAGUUAGGGAUUUGGACCAUCGAAGCCUCUUACUCAGACGACUUUACCACAACAGCAACUACAGACUUUGAAGUUAAAGAAUACGUUCUUCCCAGUUUCUCCAUCCUCGUGGAACCAGAAGCAAACUACAUCAGCUACGGACAGUUCAAAUAUUUCAGCUUCAAGUAUUUGGGUAAUGUGGAGAUGAAACACCACAGCUGCUGCGUGUUGAGUGCGUCUCCCUGUGCCAGGUACCUCCACGGUGCUCCUGUGGCUGACGCUGAGGUGUUUCUGCGUUACGGCUACAUUAGUGGGAAGAAUCCUCCGGUGAUCAUCCCCUCUGUCACCAGAGAGAGAUUGUCCUCAGCAGGUGAAGUGGACGUGACUGUCAACAUGGAGAAGGUUCUGUCUAAACACGAUGGACCAAAAGACCUCGACGGCAUGGUGGGGAAGUACCUGUACAUAGCGGUACUACUGCAGGAGGACACGGGUGGCAUCACUCAGGAGUCAGAGUUUGCUGCAGUGAAGUUUGUUAAGUCGCCGUACAGCCUGAGUCUGGUGUCCACACCUCCCUUCAUCAAGCCUGGACUUCCUUACAACAUCCAGGUGCUGGUGAAGGACCACCUGGACAAACCGGUGAAACGGGUGGAGGUUCGUCUGGUGGAGCGACCCCUGUUCACAGAGCAGGGAGCAAAAGAUGACAUGCCCUGUACAACCAGCGCCAACAGCCAAUCAGACGGCCUGGCUUUCUUCAUCUGCAACACACCGAAGGGGGGAGUCAGGGCGGUGCUGAAGUUUGAGACGGUGGACCCUAACCUGCCAGUGGCCGCUCAGGCCAGUCUGACCCUGGAGGCGAAGUCCUAUCACUCUCCAAACCAGCGUUACCUUUACAUUGACCCCCCUCUGCCCGGACACGGCCUGCAGGUGGGACACUACACCAACAUCAAGGUGUACUCGGCCACGCCCUCCUACGUGCCCCUUAAAGCCCUCAGCUAUCUGGUGCUCUCUAAAGGGAAGGUGGUGGAUUUCGGCAGUCGCAAGUUUGCCUCCAGCACCGAUAACAAACAGACCGUGAGCUUCGAGGUGAUGCCCUCCAUGGUCCCAUCCAUCAGACUGCUGGUCUACUACAUCCUGUACGGAGAGGGGACGAAUGAGCUGGUGGCCGACUCUGUUUGGCUGGACGUCAGAGACAAAUGUGUCAACGGACUCCAGACUGAUCUCUCAUAUCGUAAGCGGGACUACAAGCCAAAGCAAAACCUCCAGAUGGACAUCUAUACCAAUCAGGAUGGUCUCGUGGCUCUGUCUGCUGUGGACACCGCCCUCUUCAUGCUGCGGCCCACCUACAGAGACCCCGUUACCAUGGUGCUGCGUCACAUCGAGCACAGCGACCAGGGCUGUGGUGGAGGGGGAGGCAAAGACAGCGCAGACGUGUUCCGAUUGGCCGGUCUCACUUUCAUCACCAACGCCAAUGCCCAGCCAUCAGCCAGCAGUGAGGCGUGCACAGCAGCAGUGCGUCCAAAGCGAGCUCUGACUGAAGAGGAGAAGGCAAAGAAAGCGGAGACCUACGGUCGGCGUAAGGUCUGCUGUGAACAAGGGAUGAAGUACAACCCAAAAAGUGUGACCUGCAAGCAGUUUGCCCAGCAGACUUACAGCAAGUACCCUCUGUGCAGAGACGCCUUCAGAGAAUGCUGCGAGUUCAUCCAGGAUCAUCUGGACAAGAACCUUAUCCUGGCACGCCACGCGCUGGGCGCGGACUUCGGCCUGCCUCCUCUGGUGCGGAGCUACUUUCCAGAGAGCUGGCUGUGGGAGGUGCAUCAUGUCAGGCCAGGGCAGAUGUCCGUCAGCCGGACUCUACCAGACUCUCUCGCCACCUGGGAGAUCAAGGCCGUCAGCAUGUUCAAGAACGGUAUGUGUGCUGCGGAGCCGGUCCAGGUGUCGGUCAGUCUGCCUCUUAGCGUAAAUGUCCCCCUGCCCUAUCAGGUGGUCAGAGGAGAGCAGCUGGAGCUGAUGGGCUCAGUGUAUAACCAACUGCCCCACAGCAUCAUGUACUGUGUGACGCUGACGGUCGGCCCAGCGCUCUGUCUGCUGCAGUCCCAGGUGACCACAGGGAGGGAGGGGCUGCGCUCCACGCCCUGCCAUUGGAGCCAGCUGUCUGUAGAUGGGGUGGGCAAAGUGAACUUCACACUGCUGGGCCUGGAGCCUGGAGAACACACCCUGACCUUCACCCUGAAGACACAGGGUGGAGGCAGAGACGUCCUGGAGAAGAAGCUCAGAGUGGUGCCUGAAGGAGUGAGGAAGGAGCAGUUUUCUGGAGGGAGACUGGACCCACAGGGAAUCUACGGGUCAGAGAAGAGAACAGUGGAGCUGAAGAACAAACUGCUGGCCAAUGUGGUUCCCAACACUGCUGUGGAGAGGAUGCUGAGCAUCAAUGGUGAUGUUCUGGGCGAAGUCCUGUCAGUGAUGCACAGCCCUGAAGGCCUCCGACAACUCAUUAACCUGCCGGCCGGGUCAGCAGAGGCAGAGCUGGAUGGACUCCUCCCCCUCGUCCAGGUGUAUCAGUACCUGGAGACGGCGAGGAGAUGGGACAUCCUGGGCGCAGACGUCCGGAAGAACUCAGCAGAUCUGAGACGAAGGAUCAGAGAGGGUCUCGUCAGCAUCAGUUCGUUCAGAGGUGGAGACGCCAGCUACAGCAUGUGGAUGAAGAAAGACCCCAGCACCUGGCUGACGGCUCUCGUGUUGAAGACCUUGUCUGCGGUGGACCAGGUGGUGUCUGUGGACCAUCAGUCUCUGUCGGAGUCUGUGGCCUGGCUGAUCUACAGCACUCAGCUGGAGGACGGGUCCUUCACCGAGAGCUCGUCCCUCAGAGCCAACAAAUUCAUGGCUGCGGGGACGAAUCCAGUUGAGCAGUCGGUGUAUCUCACGUCCUUCGUGCUGAUCGCCUUACACAGAGCCACAAGCAUCAAAGACCCAAUCCUGCAGCUCCGGUUCCAUGAUGACAGCAUGAGGUCUGCAGCAAACUACAUUUCCCAGCAUGCUCCAGGUGUAAAGAGUGUGUAUGUGCGUGCGGUGGCGACCUACGCUCUGACCCUUCAUGACCCCAACAGCAAGGUGGUCUCCCAGCUGCUCAGCAGCCUGGAGGCCCUGGCUCGACAGAAAGGUCACCCCGCUGUACUCAGGUACUGGCAGGAGUCUAGCAUCACAGCUGAUUGGCUGAAGCCCGACCAGUCUAGUGGACUGACGGUGGAGACGACAGCAUACGUCCUGCUGACUGUGCUGCUCAAGGGGCGGAUCCCCUAUGCCAUCCCCAUCCUGUCCUGGCUGACCCAGGAUCAGCACUACGGAGAGGGUUUCUACUCCCCACAGGACACAGUUCUGACUCUGGAGGCGGUGACGGCGUACAGCAGAGUCAUCCCUCGAGCUGUUCUUAGUCAGGACAUCAACAUCCGCUACAACAGGAAGGGACCGCUGGGACGAGUGCAGCUCAGCCAGAGCCGACAUGUGGCCACACCCAUCCAGGUGCUGAAGAAUGAUGACAUCAUUGUGUCCACAGGUUAUGGGACCGGCGUGUCAAAUGUGAAGAUGAAGACAGUUUACUAUGAGACCACCUCGUCCACAGAGAAGUGCAACUUUGAGCUCUCAAUAGAGAUGUUCAGCGCUAAUGCCUCCAAUAGUUCCACUAUGCGCACUCCUCACCUGGUCGCCUGUGCCAAGUACAAACCUCCUCCUAAUGAGGUGUACACAGAAUCCACGCUGACGGUGAUGAAGAUCCAGCUGCCGACAGGGGUGGAAGCUUACCUGGAGGACCUGAAACAGUUCAGAGACACAGAUUCGCCGCUCAUCUCCCACUACGAGCUCCAAGGCAGCACUGUGGUCAUUCAGCUGGACACUGUUCCCUCUAAGGUUUUCCUGUGCAUUGGUUUCCGGAUCAGGACCAGCUUUAAGGUGGAUGGAGCCAGUGAUUCCCUGUUCACCGUCUACGAGCCUCAGGACAAAGGCAGUGUGUGCACCAAACAGUUCUCCUACCACGAGCAGAAGCUGCAGCGCUUCUGUGUGGAAGAUCAUUGUCAGUGCAUGACAGCUGCGUGUGCUGCCUACAGAGGAACCGUCGACUUGACUCUGACACCAGCCAGACGCACUGAGGAGACCUGCAAACCUGACAUCAAAUAUGCCUACAGGGUGACGGUGACGUCUGUGGUAGCAGAAGGAGACUUUAUGACCUACACAGCCAACGUAGUUGAAGUCCUGAAGAACACAGAUGAAGAGCUUGAGGCGGUGAGUUCAGGUACAGAGGUGGUCCUGGUAAAAAAGGCCACCUGUAACGCUGUUAACAUCCACAAAGACAAACAGUACCUGGUGAUGGGAGCCAGCGGGACAGAAGUUGUACGCAGCCACAAGUAUCGCCUUCCUCUGGACUCUGAGGCCGUGGUAGAGCUCUGGCCGACAGACUGUAGUUCUACUGAAUGUUCGGACUACAUUUCCCAGCUGGAGGAGUUUGCUCUGGAGCUGCAGUUAACCAGAUGCCCUGACUCGACAUAACUCUGCAGCAGAACAAUUUCACUACACUUCUUAAUUUAAUACUGAUGGAGUUUGUUUGAAGAGAUGUGAAGAUAAAGAUGAGGAAGAAAGAUAGAGAAAUCUGCUCCCAGUUCAGAUGUACAUGGUGUUAUUUCUCUUUCUCCAGACUUUGUAAUAAUUUCAUAAUCUGCCAAUAAAUGUCAAUACACUGA